CAGAAUUGCGACUUCACAAAAGCCGACGACCUCCCCGACUUUCUUGUCAGGAAUAGUCCAUUGACUUAGCCUAACGCCUUACUUGCAUCUGUCGAUAACAUAGACACCAUGAAUAUCACCAAAAAGAUCGACCGCGCCUUUCAAUGGGCCGGCGAAAAGAUGGGCGCCGAGCAAAAGACGACAAUGUCUGAGGACUUUAAGCAGCUUGAGAUGGAGAUGGCACUUCGCUUUGAAGGCAUGGACCGACUGCAAAAGUCCAUGAACCUUUAUGUCAAGUGGCUUGGCCGUCGCUGCGACUCGUACGAAGACAAGGACAAGUCCAUUCCCACCACUUACCUUGGGAAGACCAUGAUCGGACAUGGUGAAGACUUUGCGUCCGACUCCGAAUUCGGAAGCUGCCUCAUCUCAAUGGGCCGUGCCAAUGAGAGGAUUGGACAGAUCCAGGAAACCUUUGUGAGCGAGGCGACAACUACGUGGCUCGAGUCUCUCGAGAGAUCUCUAGCCAUGAUGAAGGAGUACCAGGCUGCUCGCAAGAAGCUCGAGAGCCGACGUUUGGCCUACGAUGCAACUACGACCAAGAUUCAAAAGGCACGCCGUGAUGACUUCCGUAUUGAGGAAGAGCUUCGGAGCGCCAAGGCCAAAUACGAAGAAGCUUCCGAAGAUGUCGGCCGCAGAAUGCAGGAUAUCCGCGACGGCGAGGUUGACAGCGUGCGCGAUUUGACCCAAUUCCUCGACGCCGAACUCGAAUAUCACGAAAGAUGCGCCGAUGAGUUGCGGAGAGUGCGCCAAAGCUGGGCUGGUGGUGCCGUCUCCUCCUCCAACGGUAUGAACGGCUAUGGUGCUGGCCUCCAACGGCGACCAACUGCUUCCAGCGGUGAUGGUAGAAGCAGGCCCAACACCGCACAAAGCUUUACCGACCGCUUGUCCCGGACCAACAGCCGCAACGUUUACGAGGAGCAAGAGGUUGAGACAGAGGCACCGCCCGUACGUAUGCCUAUCCGCAGCGCCGUUUCUCGGGCUCCCCUGUCUGUGCAGUCGCAGAACCAACAGGUCGAUGCCGCACCGCGUCCCGUCAUUGGCAGGUCCAAUACUGUUGCCACCUUCCAGGGCGGGGCGAACUUGGAGCGCGAGCGCGUCGGAGGUCGUAUCUCUGCUGGAUCCGGAACCACCACACCCGGUUCAACCUAUGGAGUUAACCAGAACGUACCCAACGUGAGCAGCCUACGUGGCCAGCUGCGCCCCGUCAACCGGAUUGUAACGAACGAGAACGUAUUUGCAGACCGGGACGAUGACAACACCAGUGAUACGGGAAGUCCAGACAACUGGUGUACCCGCAGUGCGAGCCCAGCUACCAGUAUUGGCAGCUUGACAAGGACAGCCAGCAACACGGUGGUCAACAACGGCUUGGGCGUCCGUAAGGCUCCUCCUCCGCCGCCUCCUUGCCGUUCCAAGAAGCCUCCCCCGCCGGUGCCUGCCAGACGGGAUCUCGGAUCCACAUACUAGAUGUAUCAGGACCGGGCAUGAAUGGCAACACUCUUUCUUGAGAUCAAGUUGAGCAGUUAUGACAGAUGCUAUCAUCAAUCCGGGUGGAUAGUCAGGCAUGAAUAUUGAUAUUGCAAAUGGCAGGCGUUUGGCGUAAAGUAUAUGAAGGUUGGGUUGUAAUGCCAAUGGUUGGCUUAUUCGUUUU